AUGGGGAUAUCAUCCGACAACAUCCAUGGACUUGUGUUGGCCGUCUCUUCUAGCAUUUUUAUUGGAUCUAGCUUUAUUAUCAAGAAGAAAGGUCUCAAAAAAGCCGGGGCUACUGGAACUAGAGCAGGCUCUGGAGGGUAUUCAUAUUUGUACGAACCUUGGUGGUGGGCUGGAAUGAUAACUAUGAUUGUUGGAGAGAUAGCUAACUUUGCUGCUUACGCAUAUGCUCCUGCAAUUCUAGUAACACCCCUGGGAGCUUUAAGCAUUAUUUUCAGUGCAGUGUUAGCUCAUUUUAUUUUGGAGGAGAAAUUGCAUAUCUUUGGUGUUCUUGGGUGUGUUCUCUGUGUGGUGGGAUCCACAAGUAUUGUUUUGCAUGCUCCACAGGAGAAGAAUAUUGAAUCUGUUAAGGAAGUCUGGCAGCUAGCCACUGAGCCAGGUUUCAUCGUCUACACUGGCAUAGUUCUGAUACUGGUUAUUUUCCUCAUUUUCCGGAUGGUGCCACGUUAUGGGAAGACCCAUAUGCUGGUAUAUGUUGGAAUUUGCUCACUCAUGGGCUCGCUUACGGUUAUGAGUGUGAAAGCGCUGGGAAUUGCAUUGAAGCUGACAUUUUCAGGAAUGAACCAAUUUGUCUACUUUCAGACGUGGUUUUUCACUGUGGUUGUUCUUAUUUCAUGUCUCUUUCAAAUUAACUACUUGAACAAGGCCCUAGACACUUUCAAUACUGCUGUUAUAUCUCCUGUCUACUUUGUCAUGUUUACAUCUCUCACCAUUCUUGCCAGCAUGAUAAUGUUUAAGGACUGGGAUACGCAAAAUGCAUCACAGAUUGUAACUGAACUGUGUGGAUUUGUUACUAUUCUAUCUGGGACCUUUCUCCUUCAUAAAACUAAUGAUAUGGGAGAUCAUGUAAAUAUGGAUCCACCUGUCUUCUUAAAUUCUCCACCCAACCAAAACUCAAGUUCUGGAUAACCAUGGAUGGUAUAGCUUUGGAAGCAAUGUGGUCAUUUUCCAGCAAUAUUUCCAGGGGGAAAUCCUUUUUCCCGCAUCUAAAGAAGCUCAAUAGCAUGCAAAGAGGGUAGCGCAGAGCAGGUUUCUUCCUAUUUUCAGCUGGAAGUUAUAUAUAUAUAUAUAUAUUAUGUAUGUUUCUUGAGUUGGAAGAGAGCCACGUCGAAAUUACAAAAAAAAUUAAUAUCAUUAAUGCUGGGAUAAGGAGAUGUGCUCUAUGUAUGCAUAGGGUCCAAAAUAUGUAGUGCUAGUUCCUCAUUCAUUUUUUAUUUUUAUUUACUUAUUUUUCUAUUCUUAAACUGAGUUAGUGUGAAUAUUUUUUGCAAAUUGCUUUAGGGGAAGUCUUCCCAGACAACACUUGUGUAUUCAUUGACAAAAUGAAAGCAAAGUUUCAAAAUAUUCACAGGGAAC